AUUUCUAGUCUAUUAUCAAUAUUGAAUACAUCAGACAUAGUAACGUCAUUAAAUAUAUCUGACAUAUCAACGUCAGUAAAUAUAUCAGACAUAGAUAUCCAGGAUGAAGUAAGAAAUCUCGAUGAAGAUAAAUGUUCAUGUAACUGGCAUGGCAAUGUAUUGGAAGUAUAUAAAGAUUGCGACUUAUUUGAACCCACCAUUGUAGAAGAUAAAAUUUCUAAACAUUCUGAAAUAAGUGCACCUGUUUCCACUACAGCAUACCUCAAUAAUAAUAAUAUUAUACAAGACAUUUCAAAAAAUAUUUAUGAUAAGAAUCCACCUUAUGUAUCAAACACAGAAGAAAAUUUUAUUCAAUCUGUAGAUGAGACAACAAAGUAUGUUACUAAAGAAUAUAACAUGUCAUCUACAUCAUUAAACAUAUCAGAUAUAGGCAUUCAGGAUGACGAUGGAAAUCUCAAUGAAGCGUGUCUUGAUAAUAAUACUAUGGAAGACAACAUUGAAAAUGUUAGCGAUGAGGAUCCAUCUUACGUACCAUCAAACACUUCGUCUAAUGAAAGUUUCGUUCAACCUGUGAUGAAUCAGACAAGAAAUUCUUUUGCUAAAGAAACUAACAGUUCGGCAAAUACUUCUAGUGGAUUAGACAUAUCAAUGUCACUAAACGUAUCUGGGAAAUGUGCUCGGGAUGACACUGAAAUGUUUGUUACAUCAGUUGGUGCAGGAAACAAGAAGCAUUUCUGUAUGUAUUGCAAUACGUUUCAGAGCAAAAUAGCUCGUCAUCUUGAGAGAGUACAUGCGAAUGAAUUAGAAGUUCAAAAAUUUAAACACAUGCCAAAAGGGAAUGCAGAACGAAGAAAGAUCUUAGAAACGAUACGUAGACGUGGAGAUUUCUAUUUUAAUACCGAUUGUGCACGAAAUGAUGGUGAAUUAUUAGUAGAAAGACGUUCAAAGAAAGAAUACAACAGGAUACCUUCUGAAUACGUCGUAUGUCCAAAAUGUAAAGCUUUCAUUCUAAAAGUUACAAGCAGACAUCACUAUCAAAGAUGCAUUAAAGAAAUGAUUAAAGUUAAAGAUAAUAGAUCAAUAUCAAUUUUAGGAAGACAAAUAAUAGGACGUAUACAUAAUGAGGCAAGCAAUGCUCUAAGAUUACGAGUUUUCCCACUUUUACGAGAAGAUGAUAUAGUAAGAAAUAUCCGUUACGACGAACUAAUAAUAGCAUUUGGUAAUCAACAGUGCGAAAAAUAUAAAACAUCUGAACACAAUGAUACAUUGAUUAGACAAAAAUUAAGAAGAAUGGGUCGUCUGCUUCAAGUAAUAAAAUGUAAAAAUUCUGAUAUUACGGAUUUUGCUUCCAUUUACUUCCCCCGAUACAGCAAUACUUGCAUUGAAGCAAUUAAUACGUUAGCCGGUUUAUCUUUAUGUGGAAAAUUUUUCAAAACUCCUUCACUGGCUUCUGGACUUGGAGGUUUACUAAAAGAAGUGGGUAAACUUUUAAUCAAUCGAUGUAUUAGAAAAGAAGACAAGGAAAGGAAGUUACGUGCUGAAGACUUUUUGAAAGUAUUUACCGAAGAUUUUGCAACACGUAUAUCAAAAACAAUAUCAGAAACAAUGACUAGAAAUCUAAGACGUAAAAAGAUUACGUUACCCUGUAAAGCAGAUAUUAUUAAGCUUCAUAAUUUUCUAAAACAAGAACGUGAAACAGCUUAUAAUUUUUUGAAAGAAAAGUUCUGCUAUGAUGCAUGGCUUUCGCUUACGAAAUCUACAUUGACUUCAGUACAAGUGUUUAAUCGUCGUAGAGCCGGAGAGAUACAAAGGACGUUAAUCGAGGAUUAUAAGGCGUAUCAAGGUAUUAAUUAUCAGACAAACGACAUGUAUAAAGCGCUUUCAGCACGUGCCAAAGAAAUUGCUAAAAGAUAUGUGCGAUUUACCCUCAGAGGUAAACUUGGACGAACGGUACCAGUCUUACUAACAGAAGAAUUAAGAGACUGCAUCGAAAUGAUUUUAAAGCAUAGAAAGGCUGCAAAAGUUUCUUCGAAGAAUCCAUACCUAUUUGGUCUUCCUUCGCUUCAAAAAGAUAAACACCGAUAUCUUUUAGCGUGUGAUUUAUUACGGCAAUAUGCAGUAGAUAGUGGCGCAGAAAAUCCAGAAACUAUUCGUGCGACUGAAUUACGGAAGCAUAUAGCAACAAUUUGUGUUCAUUAUAAUCUAUCUGAAAAUGAAGUUUCAACGCUUGCAAAUGUUUAUGGGCCAUGCCGAUAA